AUGCCUUCCAAAGCUCUCGUGCAGAAAGAUGAGAAAUUAGUAAUCAUCGGUGCUGGCGUGUUCGGACUCUCAACUGCCUUGGAACUCUCGAAGCGCGGAUACAAGAAUAUCACGGUACUUGAUCGCCAUGUCCCACCAGUAGUCGAUGGCAGCAGCGUCGACAUUUCCCGGAUAAUUCGCGUUGACUAUGCGGACCCAUUAUAUGCCCGAAUGGCAAAAGAAGCCUAUCAAGGCUGGACAAAGGAAUAUGCGGACUUCUUCUACCAGUCGGGCCUUAUUAUGCUCGCUAAAGAUGCUUCGAAUGUAUACGUGAGCAAGUCGAAGGAAAUCGUUAGAUCUCAAGGAGGGCAUGUUGAUGAAUUUUUCGAUGCCAACGAUGUACGAAAGCUCUAUCCCGGUAUUAAAUCUGAUUUUUCUGGUCUUUAUGCAACACACAAUUCCACUGGAGGAUGGGCGGAUGCCGAGCGAAGCAUUCAACGUUUAGCUAGUGAAUGCAGCCUUGCCGGUGUAUCGUUCAUUACAGGGCCACAGGGUACUGUUCACUCUCUUCGAAAAGAGGGCUCGCGAAUAACUGGUGUCAACCUUGUUAAUGGAGGUGCGAUUCUAGCAUCGCAGGUGAUCCUCUGCACGGGAGCGUGGUCUAACAGAUUGCUCAACUUAUCCCACGCAGCAUCUGCAUCGGGCCAACCCGUUGGCUUCAUCAAGCUAACACCAGAGGAGGCCCGCGAGUUAGAGAGUACACCGGUCAUGAUCAACAUGACUACUGGCGUAUUCUGCUUCCCUCCCACUCCUGGAACAAACAUCCUCAAAUUAGCCCGCCACGGCCAUGGAUUCGCUACGGAAGCUGUAUCAGAGGCAACCGGACGUAUCAUAUCCUCACCAAGGCGAGAUGGCAGUAACGCAAAAUCGGGGUACCUUCCAGAUGAUGCCGACGAAGCGCUCCGAGAUGGCCUCCGGCAAUUCUUUCCUAGACUCAAGCAUCGCGCAUGGAUGAGACGUCGUCUCUGCUGGUAUACGGAUACUCCGACGGGCGACUUCAUUAUUGAUUAUCACGCUACAUUGAAAGGGCUAUUUGUUGCCACUGGAGGGGCAGGACAUGCAUUCAAGUUCCUACCGGUCUUAGGUCGUUACAUAGCUGAUUGCUUUGAGAAUAAAGCUCCUACCGAAAUACGUGAGAAGUGGAAAUUACGCAAGGACAUCAAAGGUUCCAAUGCACCCCUGAUGGUGGGAGAUGGUAGUCGAGGCGGACCUCCUUUACGGAAACUGAAUUCUGUGGAGCAAUCAAAGCUGUAG